AACCCAACAGAUGGCUCUGCAGAUAAUCUCUCCAAAGAAAACAAACAAAAGUUGGGAACUGUCAAAGUUGUUUUCGUGUCAUUGAAAUUGAGUGUGCUAAUAGCCGUUACUCGUUUACUUAAACUUUCUUUCAACUCAGCUUGGGAAGCAAACAAAGACGAUCUUUUACUUAAAAAUAAUGUCUGCCAGGCCCAUUGCUUAUUUAACAAGGAGGGAGACAUUCAGUGCAUGCCACAGACUGCAUAGUCCCUUAUUGACAGAUGAGGAAAAUCUACAAAUAUUUUCUAAAUGCAAUAAUCCAAAUGGUCAUGGGCAUAAUUAUACAGUUGAAGUCACUAUCAGAGGACCCAUUGAUGAGAAAACGGGGAUGGUCAUGAAUCUGUGUGACUUAAAGCUGUACAUGGAACAGAGCAUCAUGAACGUGAUGGAUCACAAAAAUCUUGACAAAGAUGUUCCUCAUUUCCACCACUUGGUCAGCACCACCGAAAAUGUUGCUGUGUUUAUAUGGGACUCUUUAUCAGCUCACAUGGCAAACCCAAGUCUUCUCUAUGAAGUCAAGAUCUUUGAAACUGAAAAAAAUAUCAUGAUUUACAGAGGUGAACGUGAAUAAGUUAUUAAUUGGUAAGUAGCUCAAUUUUGCACAUGCCAUGUGCUCAAAACGUUUAGAUGGAAUUCCAAAAGUGAUCCAUACGUGUAUGAUCAAACACGAUUUUCCUCUUCGAUCUUCAUCUGUUCCUUAUUUUGUUAAAGAUCAUAAUUUAAUGGCAAUUAAAAUAAUCUAUCAAUUUCCUGCUGAAGUAUUUAAAUAUACGUAUUUCCUAAAUG